ACUUGGGAAGAGGAGGGGGAACCUGCAAAUGAGAGCAGGUCGACUGACUGAGUGGUGUGAUACAACUUUGAGGAGGAGAGAAGCUACUCAAAAGCGGUGGAAGGAACAUAUUCUUUAAGCUCUCACCGCUGCCUCGAGUGUACAAGUGGUCUGAGUGAAUGUCGCAGUCAUCAGAAUGGGAAGAGGAGGAGCGGAGGCCUGUGGAUACACACACAUCAGGUCUUGUUCCACAUCAGGCAGUGUUGAGGCGAACAACUCGCCGAACACGCCGGAGGACGGAGACCGUUGUGGACAUUUCCAACAGAAGUGGGGACGACGCAUCAGGUCAGGCUGAAGAUGUUCGUGAAACAGCAGAUGAGACUGUUGAAGAUGUACCUGUCUCGACGCAAGAAGUGGCACAGCUGUUACACUCGAUGCCGGCAGAAGGAAUACAGGUGACAGAGGAGGUUAAUGAGGACGACAUUGUGCUUGAUACCCAAGAUGUGUGCAAUGAUUUCAGCGGAGGCGCUGAUGUCCGGACAACAAGAACCGUGUUAAGGAAGGAGGUGGUUGAGGUGCAGCCCUUGGAAUCACGCAACAGCCCUGAAUCUGGUCAUACAAAACGUGACAGUGAUGCAACUGACCAGAGCGUCUUGUUAGUAAGGACGAGAUUAGUGUCGGAAAAGAGGAAAUCUUUACAGGCCCCUCAGAGCGAAUGGGAUUCUGAAGGGGAACCUGUGAGAAGUGUCGUGGUGCUUCAGUGUGGUCCGAAUCCCAUAACUGAGCAGCAGCAGCAGCAGCAGCAGCCAGAAAGGCCAAGGUCAGAACUUCAUCAGGGUUUGCAAGGUGAGAAAACAGGUGUUCAAGGGCUGUAUAGGGGAACUAGGAGUGGGACUCAGUUUGAAGUCCCAGGGGGAGAGGGCCCGAAAGAGUAUGUAGUUGGCAGUGGAGAGAGAGAACCUGUGAGAAGUGGAGGAGAAGCGCUCGGGGAAGAACACAAAGAAGAAUCAAAGGUCAGUGAAAUUCAACUCACAGGCAAAGACAAGAAGCGCAAUCGUGGUGGUGCUGAGCUAAUGAGUUUAGAGGAGGAACCAGUUUCAAAGACACUACGCUUGGAGUUAGACGGAACUAUGCAUAGAUGCUCAACAGCUGAGCCUAGUCCUGUUGUGGAGAGAGAGGUCAGGGCCAGUGUUGAGAGAGAACAAGGUGGGCGUAUUGACGGGCGUGAACAGGUGAUGGAGGAAGAAGGGCCUAUGCCUGCAGCAGCCAAUGCGGCCAGAAGGGAUGAGCUUCGUGAAGCUGUGCAGCUUGCUUCACAUGAGGCAGCGGGGGCUGACGAAAGGGUAUAUCUGGCUGAGAGAACCGUUGAAAGACUUCCAAGCCCUGAGGCUGAAGAAGGUAUUGCAGUUCACAGACAGGUCACACCACGGGGCACGGAGGAAGGAGAGGUACAGCAAGAGCAGGACCGGGAAGAAGAUGAGCGCAGUCGGGUGCAUAAGCCCUUAGUGGAUGAAAUUGAGAUGCAGGUCAAGGAGAGCACGGCAGUGGAAGGAGUACAACAAGGACAGGGGCGGACAACAGCGGAGCCGGGUAUAGUGCAUAACGGCCGGGCUGAAGGAGAGAACUUGUUAAAAGACGUGAUCACCGAAGGGGCCAUGACCAGGGAGGUGCAGAAGGGGAUUGCAAACGAGAUUACCGAAUCAGGUGAUGAGCUGACGGGGAUGGACCGAGCUGGAAUCCUGGCAUGUGAAUCUGAGGAGCCAAGCUUUGAGAAAGGAACUGGGACAACACUUUUGGAAGGUUCUGGACUUCCGCUGGAAGCUUCGGAGUAUGUUCAAUUUGCAUUCCGAAAGGUGAUUGAUGAAGAGACUCGACGACCAAAGGAGGAGCUGGAUGCUGUCAGGAGCGAGUUGAUAGCAGCGCAGGUCAGGCUCAAGGAUCUUUGGGACCAAGCCAAGGAAUUGGACCGCGAGGACUCUUUCACGUUGAGCUGUACGAGGGAGGAAAUGGACAGAAAAAUCAAAGCUGUAAAAACCCACAAAGAAACAGUGAGAAAGUCCCAGAUUGAAGCGCGGUUAGCUCAGGAGGAAAACCGGAGGCUCAGGAAAGCUUACGAGAAUGGGCAUCAGCUCAGAAACAAGCGUCUGAAAUUGGAAGAGGCGCAAGAGGAAUGCAGGAGGAUAGAGGAGAAAGUUAUCUCCUUGAAGGCUAAGGAGACAAAGGUGGAAAAGCAAUCUGCCAGUGGUAACCUGGCUGCUGUAGUCUUCGAAGACUUCUCCGACAUCUUCAUGUCUACUGCGGGUAGUCUGUCAGAAGACGAGACUUUGGGUGCAAGUGAUCAGGAGCAAGCUUGAUGGCCUCUCUUCUUCCUUCCUUCCUUCCUUCCUUCCUUCCUUUGGUCUGUCCAGCCAUGCUUCCUUCCAUAGAGCGCAAUGACUGGUUGAGCAAGUUCUUGGGCAAAUUACAAUCGUUGCAGCGAUGCACAGUGUCAUCUGUCUGUGAGCACUCAACAGGUCUGUACUUCAUUUGAAAACAGAGAAUAACAAAGGUCACUGUCACUG